AUGGCGUCGAGCGUUUCUGACGUGGUAGCGACGCUGGGUCGCCCAAUUCGCGUAUUCACGUACGGAGCUGCGACGCCUGCGAAUUCUGCGACGGUUGAGACCGACGCAGCUGCGACAGCAGGCGACGGGGAACGAGAAGGAGGCCCGGCGACGGCGGAGGGGGGUUCGCAAGCAGCGGAUAGGGGCAAAGAAAUUGCUGAUGAGUUCUAUGAGUUCACGCCUGGGGAUUAUUCGAGAUUGAUGGCAGGAAAGAAGGAAGAGCGCUUUCUCAAGACCAAAGCCAUUCGGGACCUAGAGUUGCAACAACGAAAGGCCCAGUUCAAACAGGCGAUCAUCAGAGUCCGCUUUCCGGACAACACAGUGGUUGAGGCAGCCUUUGCCCCCACGGAUGCUGUAGCAGCAGUGCGCCAGCUGGUGCGUAAGUGCUUGCUACAGCCGGACCUGCCUUUCUUCUUCUAUACAACACCACCAAAGAGGAGGAUAAAGAACGAGGAGGAGGAUCUGUACAGUGCGCAGCUCACUCCAGGAGCACUGCUGCACGUGGCAGUUGAAUCCUCUGCAGCAGAGCCAAGUGAGGGGUCACUGGAGAAGAAGGACGAGAAGGGCAAAGGAGAGGUGAAGCAACAAGGGACGGCUGCAGGGACGGGUGGUGCUGUGCCAGGGGCUCUUAAAGCUGGGCUCUCCUCCAAGCCUAAGUGGUUCAAGCGGUGA